ACUUGUUAUACAUUGAAAUAUCAGGUGUCCAUAGUAGGCCAUUGUCAAGAUGAACACUGGUGAUAUUGCCAUAAUCUGCUGGAUCCCAGGUCAAGUAUGGAUUAUUCCAGUAUAGUCGCAACCAUACGUUCAAGCGCAGAGCUUGAUUUACUUCGUCCUGUAAGGUAAGAAGAGAAAGGAGCAUUUAUAGCAAGUCCUUAUUGAACAGUUUAGAACUGAACAGAGUUAUUCAGUACAAACAAACAUAGUUUCCGAACAAAUUACGGGGGAGAGUUUAGAACUGGGUGGCCAGUCAGUAUAAAUAAAGUUUAUAGAUUUGUUCAGUUUUCUUCCUGGAGUAACACUGGAUCAAUACACGGUGGUCUUUGCUCACCACUGGAACCCUACGGAGAACAGUUUAGAACUGAUAGAGUUAUCCAGUUUAAAUAAAGUUAGUUUAAUUUAGGUUUCCUCCUGUAGUAACACUGGAUCAAUAACUGAUGAUCCUGACUGUUUCUCUCAGUUUAGAACUGAUAUUAGUGAUAUAUAUAUAACAAUAGCAUCGUUCCAGUAUAAGUUACGUUAUAUAAAUUUAAAUUAGAUUAUCCAUAGUUGACAAAGUUCAGACCAGUUUCAAUUAUAUUUUCUAGAACAUAUAUAUGGAUUGAUUUUAUAUGGAUUGUAUUUUGAGAUGUUAUCUUACCACUGUUGCAAUUUGUCUUAUUCCAACCUUAAUUCUCAGAAGGACUGGUGCUGAGCUGUUAGCCAUGGGUAAGAUUUCUUUUCUGAUGUCAGAAUUUAAAACUAUUUUGCUGAUCAACUUUUCUUGUGCUUCGAAGUGACUUGUGUGAUUUCCUAAACAUAACGUAAUGUUUCUUUUGUUUGCUUUUGUGUUGUUUAACUUUGUGUUGUUUACUGUGUGCUUGUUAGUUGUUUGUUUGUUUGUUUUUUUGUUACUUGUUUAUUAAGUGUUUUUGUUUGGUUUCACUGGUUUGUUUACUAGCGUGUUUGUUUAUUUGUCUGUUAUGUUUGCUUUGUUUACUUAUAUGUUUGUUUGUGUAGUAAUCUUUUGUUUGUUUGUUUGUCUGUUUGUUUGUUUGUUGGUUUCACUGGUUUGUUUACUAGCGUGUUUGUUUAUUUGUCUGUUAUGUUUGCUUUGUUUACUUAUAUGUUUGUUUGUGUAGUAAUCUUUUGUUUGUUUGUUUGUCUGUUUGUUUGUUUGUUUGUUUGUUUAUUUGUUUGUUUGUUUGUUUGUUUGUUUGUUUUAGUUGCGUAUAUAUGUUUGUUUUGUUUACUUGUGUGCUGUUUGUUUGUUUGUUUGUUUGUUUAUUUGUUUGUUUGUUUGUUUGUUUGUUUGUUUGUUUGUUUGUUUGUUUGUUUGUUUGUUUGUUUGUUGCGUAUAUAUGGUUUUUGUUUUGUUUACUUGUGUGUUUGUUUGCAAUUCUUGGUUUUGUUUGUUUUUGUUUGUUUGUUUGUUUACGAAGACGUUAAACCUGGAGGUGAACAUGAAUAAUAAUAAUAACAAAGCUUUCAUUGGUAGGGAUGCAACUACGUGAAAAACACAAGGAGAAAUUUGACGUUUCGAGCGAAGGCCUUUCGUCGGUGGAAGUUAGCUGGGGGCCUUCGCUCGAAACGUCAAAUUUCUCCUUGUAUUUUUCACGUAGUUGCAUACCUGUCAACGAAACCUUCGUUAUUAUUGCCUAUUGGCACUAUACUGGCACAGUUCUGAAUAAUGAUAAUCGUAUUUUAUCGUAAUUAUUACAUUUAAUACAAUUCGUACCUGCAUAAAUAUUUGAAACAAUAACAACAAUAUAUAAGAAGAGAUUAAAAUGAACUGUGUUGAACGCCAUUUUGUCUGCAGUUAUCUUCCCUUUGAAAACAAUAUUUCUGAACCUAUGUAAUUAAAAAGACAUAAAAUUGGUUUUCGACCUUUUUACGACAACUUCUGAUUGCUUUUGGUCCGUGGCAGAAGCUUGGAUAAUAUAUUACGUCAAAAAUGAUGUUUUCUUGAGUCUUGUAUAUAACCGCGUGUACGACUAUACGUGAAAAUAUUUCACUAAAGCUGUUUAAUUGAGGCCACAGCUUGACUCUACAGCUACGUAAGCCGCACAUUUCGUGCUAUGAAACGCCAUAUGUUUCAGCAAUAUGCCAAUAAUGACUUUUCAUUUAAAUCACAUACAUUAUUAAUUCUUUAUUUUUUUACUGUAUCAAUAUUUAGCCUCUAGGGGAGGGCUUCAUCGGCAGCUCAUAUAUUAAGGACGCUAGAGGCUGAAACGUAUGAAGUAAGUUUCAUUUACUUUUAGUUUUACAUUUCAGUUAGACUAUUUGUUUGGUUUAGUAAGCAUAUUAUGUUAGCAUAUAUAGAAUUAUACUGCAGGCUGUAUACCUAAGUUUUAUUUCGGACUAAGAAAAUGUUCUGUUCAUUUAGCAUGUCACUGUCUGGCGUAAAUGUUUUUCUGAUGUUUUCCAACUUAAAUAACACUAAGAUGAAACUGAUUUAGGUUUCUUUCUAUGAAGCCAAGUUGAAAUUAAAGUUAAAAUAGCUAAAUAUAUAUAAUAUAUAUAUUUUAUAUGUAUGUUAAAUAUAUAUAUAUAUAUAUAUAUAUAUAUAUAUAUAUAUAUAUAUAUAUAUAUAUAUAUAUAUAUAUAUAUAUAUAUAUAUAUAUAUAUAUAUAUAUAUAUAUAUAUAUAUAUAUAUAUAUAUAUAUAUAUAUAUAUAUAUAUAUAUAUAUAUAUAUAUAUAUAUAUAUAUAUAUAUACAUAUAUAUAUAUAUAUAAUAUAUAUAUAUAAUAUAUAUAUAUACAUAUAUAUACAUAUAUAUACAUAUAUAUACAUAUAUAUAUAUAUUUAUAUAUACAUAUAUACAUAUACAGAAGGGCCUUCGUCGCAUUAAAAGCUGUUAGAUAUUAUCUCACGAAUACUUGUUUGGCUGUGCGCAUUAUAGCCAUUAGCAAACAAAAAUUAGCAAACUAAAAAUCCUAUAUUGGGCUAUAAUAGAUAUAAUCAUGCAUUUAAAUGAUAUACAAUUUAAAUUCUUACCGUAGCCUUAUCUUUUUGUUUAUAAAAUCUUUUUAUAUACUCUCAUCAGCUUCACCCAUGCAUGCAGUCUUACUAAUAGUCUUGAAAUAAUUUUUACAUCGUAACUGUUUUAUUCCCAUCUCGUAUAGUUUUAUAUUAUGAUUUUAAUAUACAUCAAUCCAUUUUUAGCCAUGAAUAAUUUUAACACAUCUUCUCAAUAUGCACGCCUAAGAUCGGAAUUUGAAAGCGUUGUCGCCCGAUAAAGGCUACAAACAUCUGUUCGAAAACUGAAGUGGUGUGAAGGAAGAUAUGGCGAUAAAACUAAUGUCUCCCGCUCUUUUCUCGUUGAAAACAAUUUGAAGACUUUGAAUGCUGUUACUCCGAGCCACGUUGGCAAAACAAUAAAACUAUUUAAUUAAAUUUAAUGAAAUUUUCCUAAUAAAAAGCGGAUAAAGCAAUUGCGAUACAAAAUCAUACUGACAGUUCAAACUAAACCGCUGCAGGAGAGUUCAAAAACACUGAAUAUAAAACUUCGUGCACCUAUACGAAACAGGUGGCUGACGCGAAGCCGUGAAUAUACAACACAAAAAACAUACAGUCUUAGUUUGGGAUGAGAGCUCACUGGAGUCAUUGCCAUAUAAGCAUUACGAGAUAGUCUAUAUUCGAGCAUGGUAGUUUUGUUCAUCGGUUGAGUUAACUGGGAAAGAUACCUGGAGACGGAGUAUAGGCAAGUUUUGUACAAUAUCAAGACAUCGGGUAUGCAAAAUUCAAAAACUACCUGUUAGUCAAGCAUAUACAGUAAGUCUUAUAAUCCAGCAGUUCAAGAGUUCGAAGGCAACAUCAUAUUCUAAUUAUGAUUGUAACAAUGAUUUUGUAACUCACCUCGUAGAGUGUUGGACUAGCCAACUAAAGACCGCGGGUUUCACUGCAGCCAAGCAAACUUUUGCCCGAUGUCGACACACUCAGAGCAGCAUCUCAUAUUACUUUAAGGUGGCUCACAUUCAAGCUCUGCAUGAUUUAAAGGCUUGGUUUCUGUGAUCACAGUAGGGCCCAGUAGGAACGAUUUGUAAGAUAUGUUUGAGGAACUGACUCAAUGUUUAACACAGUAUGUCAGUUUUUGUUGUUUUUCUUAAACAUUUCUUACAAAAUACAAAACAAUAGAUACUCCGAAAAUUGAAAGCAUUUUGAAAAAUUUAAAAUGAUCAUUCAUUUCCUCAUGAUGACUAUAGUUUAGUCGAAACGUCGAAAUAAAUUUUUCAAAAUGCUUUCAAUUUUCGGAGUAUCUAUUGUUUUGCAUUGUAUCAAAAUACUCAGUGGUUCCCGUAAUUUCUUACAAAUCUUUCAAAACUUAUCUAAUUUACCGAUGCAAAAUUCCUGCAUGCUGUGAUCACAAAAAACCUCUGAUAGUGAGAUAGUGUAAGCCACGCAGCAGUGAGGGGCAAUGACAUGUAUAGGUGUUCAAAUAUUACCCUAUUUAUAUGUAAAUUCAGAUAGCUUACAGUCAACAACACGUCAACAAUUUAUCUUCCUGAUGUAUGCAGCCAAUUUAUAAAAGGUUGUGUGCAAACUCUAAACUUUAAACCUUACUCUAAGCGCGCAAAGCUUAAUGAUAGCACAAGUUUGAAGCUUAGUAGUUGAAUAUUGCAGCUAUUUGUGAAUGUAUUGUUCUCGUAAGGAGAUAUUUACCAUGUCUCUAAGAAAUGGGCCCCACAUAUGAUUUCGAUGCUACCCAUUAUGCUUUGCACGCUUAGAAUUUAAGGUUUAAGAAUUAAGGCUUAGAUAUUUUUCUGUGUUGGUGUAAUGUACUCAGGUGAAUAUGAUGCUUGUGAUGUUACUCUGAGUGUAUAUCCACACCGGGCAUGCAGGAUUGAAAAAUAUGCCUGGCCACGGUGGGAAUCGAACCUUUAAGGUUUUUCAAAGGACACCAAAAACGUUCAAUACUGAUCCACUCUCAAAGAAUGAACUUUAACUUAAGUGUGUAAGCAUUAAGAGUGAUUCUCAAAUCACAACAUAUGAUGCACAUCAUGGUUGCGCUUUCACAUUCACUGACGUGUAAAGGGGUGAUUCACAUAGUAUACGCACGCACUAUUAUGGAGUGGGAGUCGAAAUAUUUUCACUUCUUGCGUGACGUCAUUUCUACUGUUCUUAAUUGCGUUACAAGGGGGAGGGAGAACGUAAAAAUUUCAAACUUUGUGUACGUAAUACGAACGUCACCAAAUAUAUACAUCCUUUAUUAAGUACUAUUUAAAACAUGAGAAGCCGAUCUUUAUCUGAUAUACAACGUGCUUAAAAAACGACCCAUCUUGUGAGUUCAUUGGCGAAGUAAUUUUAAAAAUAAACAUUGUCUAAGCCGAGAAAAUUAAAGCUGAAGUUUAUGUAGACUUAUAUAAAUCAGAACAAAUCUUUAUCCGAUUUACAAACAUUGAUUAAACAUUCAUUUCUUUUGUAUUUUCCUCGUGAAUUAUUAAAUGAGAUUUUUAAAUGAGUUUAGAACUGUUUUAUUUGUGACAUAAUGUCGCAAUUAUAUCCAUGCUCACGUGAACAAUCGGAAUUUACGUUAAUUUUAGACUAAUUUUAGACUUUAUAAAACUGUAUAUAAUGUACAUAUACUUUAAAGAUAUGGUGAGGUUUGUUUACUGAAAAACUUUUAAAAUGUUAUUUAUGUUGAAUAAAUAAUAUUGUUAUCUUACGAGAGGAAGUUUUUGACUCGAGCAAUGUACGUGAUCUAUAGAAAUAUUUACGGAUUAGGGUUGAUAUUGGAUACAUAAUUUCAUGAAAUGUUUCACCAUAUUCAACAACUGUUGUGUAUUAUUGUAUGCAUAGGUUUCGACUUCUCUCAGCCAAGGCACGCGUGUAGUUUCUCUCAACUGUUUGUUUGGUAUUUAGGCAUUGUUUGCUUAAAAUGUUAGCAAAGUCGAUAGUAUUUUAAAACCAGUAGUCAUGUAGGUGGGAUUGAAAGAUCCUGCUGUGUCAUUAAUCAUUAUUCAUUAAUUGCCAACAAUGUGUUUAAAUGAAUCACGCCAACAAUGUGUUUAAAUGCCGGGAAAUCCAAUGUUGAAAGACAGUGUCUUCCCUUCAACCAAAAGCAAAAUAUCUAAAUCGUGGUUCCCUCACGUUUGAUAAUAAUUGUUUUUGUAUACACUAAAUUUUUAAAAUUAUGCACAGAAUUUCAGCUCCUAUAGAUUGAAACUAGUUGAUAUAGCAAAUGUUUCAUGCGAUGAAAGAAUCUGUCAACAUUGUGAUUUAAACGUGAUCGGAAACAUAGUUAGUGAAUCUAGUCUCUUUAAUUUGUAAAUUUAAUAUCUUUUGAAUAUUCAAUGUACCAAUAUUGGUGUCUCGGAGACAUAUGAAGUUGUUAUUAUAAACAGAGAAUCUUGUAUAGCUAUGUGGCUACGUAUCUUCGUUGAAAAACAACUCGAUGACAAUGAUCUGAUAACCAGUUUAAUGCUAAAAUAAAGUGUUGCCGUUUGUUGCUCUGAACAUGUGUUUAAAUUUUUUACCAAAUCACCAACAUACCAAUUGUAUACCCAUCUAUAUCAGUCAAUGAAGGUAUAAAUUUUCCCAGAUAUGUGAAAACGAUCAUGUUGCAUGAACUAUAUUUAAAUUAAUCAAGAUAUAUUAAAUUAUUUUUUUUCUUCAUAUAUCCAUAGUAACAUUAAUACACAUAACAAGGAAAAACGUUUUAUAAAGGUCGCUUUUAUUUGAUGCUAUUUUUAUAGUUUGUAUUAAUCAGUAAUUAUCAUAACCUCUAAACCUGUAAGAAUGCAUAUAAAUGCAUUGAAUUACAAGUGCCGAAAAUCACAAAAUGCCGAAACGUGUUCAUUACCAAAAAAGCAAACAUUUUAUGUAGAUUGACCCCCCACAAAAUCGUAACUGCCUUUCACUUUUGGUGAAACCAUUGCUAUAUUGAAAAUUUUGAAAUUAGUCAUUAUGUUACAUAUACUAAGUAAAUAAAAUACGUUUAAAUAUUGUCCAUGUAUGCAUGGCAAAUAUAAAUUACAACGGUGAACAAUUAUGAAGCAGAUAUAUAAUAAAUAUGCAUGACAAUACAGUUUAGGUGACUGGCUGUUUUUAGUUUUAACAGCAGCACAUUCAAAAGUUGACUAUGUAAAACCUAUUCAUCGUAAAAUAUACCCUAGCCUAAAUAUACGCCAGCCACCACCGGCACUGGAUCUUGGCUAACACCCGUGGUGGCUGUGUUUAAUAUAUCAAGGAUUAAGUUAUUGUUUUGACUUCGUUAUCAUGAUAUAGACAAUAUGAUAAAGAAUAUGAGAUCUGAUAUAUUCCAGGUAUAUUCAUUGUGAUUAAUACAACACAUUUACUAGUGUUGUAUCUCAGUUGUCGAUAAGCAUAAUAUGAUGUGGCAAUAGUCAUUAUAGUCAAUAUAUUAACAUUGUUAAAAAUUCAAAGAACUUCGAUGUAUCAAAAAGCGAUCAACAAUUAAGAUAUACGCAACACAUAAGCUUCAGAGCUGCCCUGUAUAGGGAUAUAUCGCAAGGUAAAUCACAGGCCAUGCAGAGUUAACAUUUGCUUUCAUUUUGUGGUGAAAUUCAAAGCCCUAAGCAUAUUGUCGUAAUGAGUCUAACCUGCCUGGUUUCAUGGCGUGAAUGCCCCCCGAUGCCAAAAUAAGAAGACCCCAAAACAACGAAGGCGACAUACCUUUCUUCGAGACUUUCAAGACUCGGCAAUAUUCCUUUAAACUCCCUCAAAGGUAGGAUUAAACGCGAGUACUUCCCAGUCAAUUGACAAAGAAGGCUAAUAGGUCGAAUUUAUAAUACGCUUCACCUGAUCUCACACAAGAGUCGAGACUAUCGCGUCGACUCCGAGUAUAGAUAUUUAAAUUUUGUGUACAGUUCAAUAAUUUUCUGUGCUGGGCGUACCAAGCUCUAGAUCUGAAGCUCUAGUUCACGAUCAAGCAAUUAACUCGAUCCUUUCUGUUACGUAAUGCUGGUUAUAUGUUGUAAGGAAUUUCAAAACCAAUGAUUAUAUUUCAACUUUACUGAUUGCGUGAAUUAUAUUGAUUGUAUUUGUCAAAAUCCAAUUUACAUAAAGAUGACAGGUUCUGGGCACGGAAACUAAUACCAAUCACGCAAUUUAUUUUGACAAUGAUAUUAAAGUCACUGACGGAAUUUUUGCGUGGGUACAACUAUAAAACAUCCUUUUCAUGUACUUUUAUAAGCCCUGAAAUUUAAUCCAACCAUUUCCACGUGCUUUAGGGAUUGUUCAGUUUAAAAAAUCUUAUCUCCACGGUGAAAGACAACUCACAAAUUUACCAGGAGAGUUGUACAUAUAUGUCCAGGGCGUUCGUUGCGUGUGAUGCAUGCGAAUAAACUUGGCAUCCGGUUUCAUACCCCGCAAGGUCGCAACGAACGACCAAAUCCGCUCAGUCGGGGGUUCCCGGCGGGAACAAGGAUCAUGUCCAAUCAGAUUGUGCCUCAGAACCGAGGUUGUGCCUAACUGCGUUCUGACCAGUGGUUCUGAUGAAAUAUGGCUGUUCGCAGCGAAAAUAUGAAUCCUUCAAGAUUCAAAUCCAAUCAGAAUGCUCGAAAUUUCAUUCUAAUUAGAUGUGGUUGUUCGCAGCGAAUAGUCAAAUUCAAUCAGAAGACUUCGAGUUUAUUCUUAUUUUAUAUAAAUGUAGCGAAUACUAGUGCCAAAUUUCAAUCAAGAUUAGAAUUUCUUCAAUUUUGUUCCAAUUAACUCGCAGUAAAGUCACCUUAUGAUCAGUUAAAAGCAAGCGUGAAAACCCUCUCUCGAGUUUUAUCUUUACCAAUUGAAAUUUUAUCAGUUUAAUAAUAACGCAUAAAAAUAAAUUCCCACCAUUUCCGUUUUUAACUUCCCGGCUUCGAAAGUAAAAUUUGUGAUCGAACGCGUGCGAAACAGCGCGAUACAUCGCUCUUGACGUAAUAUCGAGUUGUUUGGGCAUUCACUCGUAUGAACUAAUCGGUUAAACGAUUUUGUAGAAAUUUCGAUUGUACAUUUUACACAUUUAAUAUUAGACCUAACUAGGACCAGUUGACGUCGUAACACCCACCCGAACACCUUUUCUUUAUAGGAAUACAAUAUCAAAAUAUAUUUAAAAUAUUUAGAAAUUUGCAAGGCCAUUAAAUAUUUUAAAAUUCACUAUUUACAAAUUUAAACUUCCAUGGAUAUAUAUACUUGGUCAUCUUGGAUUUUGGAAGUGUGUUCUAUUUGCAUGCAAUACCUGCAAUAAAUUAAUUAUAGAUAAGUUUUAUGUAGAUUAUAAAAUAUUAGAAAUUAUGAUUUUCUGUUCUCGCAAGGACGCAAGGUUGGAAACUUUUUUUUUAAUAUAAAAAGUAUUAAAGAUGAUAUCUGGAGAAUUCAAUAAAAAAGUAUUAAAGAUGAUAUCUGGAGAACUAAAUUUUCUUUCGUAAAUUUGAAUUCAAAUUCUCAUUUUUAUCAGGAGCAUUUAACACGAACAUGUACUGGGCUGAACUUUGAACUGAUAAACUCAUAAACAUCAUUUUGUUGCGCAAUUCCAAUUCAUUAAUUAAAACCACAUCCAGCAGACAAUUUUCCAAAAAAAUACAAAAGAAACAUACCCCGAAUUAAAAAGUCAUCUUGAAAUUAUGUAUAUAGGGACUAAACAAGACUCUUAUAAGACUAUGAAUUUUCGACUUUUAAAACAUCAUUUUGUUGCGCAAUUCCAAUUCAUUAAUUAAAACCACAUCCAGCAGACAAUUUUCCAAAAAAAUACAAAAGAAACAUACCCCGAAUUAAAAAGUCAUCUUGAAAUUAUGUAUAGGAACUAAACAAGACUCUUUUAAGACUAUGAAUUUUCGACUUUUAAAACAUCAUUUUGUUGCGCAAUUCCAAUUCAUUAAUUAAAACCACAUCCAGCAGACAAUUUUCCAAAAAAAUACAAAAGAAACAUACCCCGAAUUAAAAAGUCAUCUUGAAAUUAUGUAUAGGAACUAAACAAGACUCUUUUAAGACUAUGAAUUUUCGACUUUUAAAACAUCAUUUUGUUGCGCAAUUCCAAUUCAUUAAUUAAAACCACAUCCAGCAGACAAUUUUCCAAAAAAAUACAAAAGAAACAUACCCCGAAUUAAAAAGUCAUCUUGAAAUUAUGUAUAGGAACUAAACAAGACUCUUUUAAGACUAUGAAUUUUCGACUUUUAAAACAUCAUUUUGUUGCGCAAUUCCAAUUCAUUAAUUAAAACCACAUCCAGCAGACAAUUUUCCAAAAAAAUACAAAAGACACAUACCCCGAAUUAAAAAGUCAUCUUGAAAUUAUGUAUAGGAACUAAACAAGACUCUUUUAAGACUAUGAAUUUUCGACUUUUAAAACAUCAUUUUGUUGCGCAAUUCCAAUUCAUUAAUUAAAACCACAUCCAGCAGACAAUUUUAAUUUUCGACUUUACUUUAAGUCAUCAUGAGAUGACAGUUUUGACGUAUGAGACAACGGAAGGAAAUGAAACGUGAUCCCAAAUUUAAUAUUUAGUUCAGGAUGACUGGAGAUGUUAAUAUAUUUGUCUCGUAUUGUCUUAUAGAUUUCCUCGACUGCUUAUGAUGAAACGACAACGACAGUGACAAUGUCUGGCUUUUUUCAUCGCCUUUUAUCCCUGUUAUUCUUAUGGUUCUACAUUGUAUGUUUGUGUCACUACUCCAGUCUGGUUUCAGGUAAGGAAGAUAAAAUGAUUCAUCAGUAUCAUCAUGGCCUCCAACGUUGUUGUCUGAGAAGCAUGAUAAGAGUACCACAUAGCGAGUGUUGCAAAUGUUGUGGCUCAGUAAUUGUCUAGAACAAUUUUGAUAUAGUUAUUGCUUUUGUGUUUACCCCGUGUAGUGCUUGUAUUUCAAUUCACCGAAUUUACGGUCAAAUAUACAUAUUUAAUGAUAACGUUUGUAUAUAACACUCGCGUCUCUGACUCGUCUAGAAUAACUAGACGGAGAUGAAAGCAGUCUUUGUUUAUGAAUUUAUAUACGGUGCAAUUAUAUUGUUGUGUGUGCAGGACAUUGAUGUGAUUCUAUAAAUGAACUGUUUGUUGUUAAUCUUGAAUGGUUUGCCAGUGUAGGUAGUGUAAUAACAAGCUUUCGUUGAUAGGGAUGCAACUACCUGAAAAUAUAACAACAAUUUCGACGUUGAAAUUCUCCUAAAAUUUUCUAGAUAGUCGCAUCCCUACAAACGACAGCUUGUAACCUUGUUUGUUGUUAAUCCUAUAUAUUUGCAUAUAUUUUAUUGGAGAGAUGCCUUGCAUGGGUAGUGUAGUAUAUUAAUUGAGUUCCCGUUCGCCACCUUUCCAUUUGGGUAUAAAUUCUUUUGUGUACCUAGUCGUAGUUUUUGUCCUAAAUUUGUAAAUGUAAUUUGUGAUUUACAAGUGUAAAGAAAGAAAAAAUCUGUGCGGUUUCAUUUUGAAACCAGUAGCUGAUGUCGGAAACUAUGUGAUAUUGUGUCUGCAGUCAGAAAAGAUGGAAUCAGAACAUAUCUGUAAAUGAUUCACAUUGACGUGAACCUUUGAACUGAUGUUGUACUAUAACAUAUUUUACUAUUGCAGCUGUGAAAAGGUGGUAACUAGCUUGCCAAGUAGGUCUGUCAGGAAAAAUAGGCUGUAUCUUUUGAUGUAUAAUGAUUAUCACGAACUAUCAUGGUUACAAAAUAAACGAAUUUUCUUGGAUUCAAAUAAACAAACACUGCAAUAUUUUAUCUAGGCUGCACAACCAGUACAAUCAUCUCUGUACAUUUUUUAAUCCGUUCCGGAAUAAGGCGGGAUUAAACUAAUCACAAAGGGUAAAAGUCUGUCUACUUUUGGUCUGGCGGCUAAGGUCUAUCGUCCAACGGUUUAAAAAAUGUGAAGUUCGAACCAAGUGCAGACUUUGGUGGAACUAUAUUUAGCAGAGGAGAGGACAAUACCUGGCUAUUACGAAACAAAGCAUGACAGCAAUAGCAGCUAUUAAAUUUCAUUAUCUGUUGACCAAACAACAAGAUUAGAAAACUAAAAUAGCAUUCAGAGAAACAGAAUAUAUUGACUAUUGUACAAGAAUUUCAUCUUGAGGUAUAGGAAUCUCCACGGAAGUUGAAACAUAUUAAAAUUUUAAAUUUGGGUGAACAAUCAGUUGGAAGAUUUUAAUAAUCGCGAUACAUGAUAUCGUGAUAAAUGAUAUCAUAUAUCAGAUGAUCAAUGAUGAUGCGGUUAUGGUAUCUCCCGCGGGCUACUCGGGGUCAAAGGCAGAAUUACGCAAGAUACCUUGUGGGGAUAAUUGUUCAGUGCAGUGAGGAGUUUUCAUUACUGCUACGUCCCCCUCUCCCCAUGCCCCUCAAUCUGCUAAAUAUUGCGCAAGUUUUCCACCAAAUUGCCUUCAGAGGAGGCUACGGUAAUGGUAGCCUUCAUGUCUACAUACCUCUUUAUUAGUUCCAGUUGUCAACAAUGUAAUUAAAGAAAUAAGUUCUAAAACAAAAACCGAAAAAAUGCAAACAUCUUGAAAUCCUAAAAGACUAAAUUUACGUCUUUUUUAGUCAACGUGUAGUCAUUUUUCGGGUUUUUUGUUUUAUAAUUUAGUUCCAGAUGGCAAAUGGUAAAAGUUCAAAUGUUUCACUUAUCAAUAUUUACGGGCUGGAAGUAAUUCAUUUUAAUUAUAGGCAUACGGAGACCACGUCCAGCAUUUCUGAAGCAUUUUUUGACCCUGAAUAUCAGAUGAAGAGCGGACAUGUUCGAGUAGUAUACAGAAGUACUCCUGUCAGUCAAUAAUUAGAAAACGUUCAUAACUUCAAUAGUCUGAUAAUCCUAGUACUUACCAUAACCAAAAAAGGCAAAAUCGCCUUUUGAAACUUAGCAACCCCUCGUGAUCUUCAAGAACUUCAAGACUCAUUGAAUGAAUCCAUGCGGUUUAUGUAGAAAGAAUUAUAUAGAAGAAAACAAAACAGACAAAAUAAAUUUUAAACAUAGACAAAAUAAAUUUUAGACAAAAUAAAACAUUUUGUAAAUAUAGUUUACACACGUAAAAACGCACAAGUUGUUACAGGUCUGUGAACAAGUAAACAAGUUGUGUUCGCACUGCUUGUUCCCAGUUGUUGUAACAAGUUUGGAACAAGCUGUUAACAAAUUGUAACAAGCUUGAUGGCGUUAUCAGACUCGUUACAAGGUUCUAACAAGUCUGAUACAGUCAUGAUAUAAUAAGAAUGUUACAAGGUUGACGACACAAGGCGACGACGUUAUAUCAUGACUGUAUCGGACUUGUUAGAACAACCUUGCCACAAGUCUGAUAUCAACAAGGUUGUUACAAGUUGUUAACAGCUUGUUCCAAACUUGUUGACAACUUGGGACAAGCAGUGCGAAGACAACUUGUUGACGGCUUGUUGGCAGACUUGUUACAAGAUGUGAGAUUUUUACGUGUGUAGAUGAACAACAAAAAUAAACUUUCAAGACUGUUAUCAGUUAAUGAACCAUUAAUUAAAAUGCAUGGACAACGGUUGGAUUUUUAAAACAAUUUAUAGUCUGAUCACUGGAUCCUGACUGAAUGGUGCUAUUGUUAUUCUACAGUAAGUAUUAUGCUAAGAUGACAUGCAUGAACUCUAAUCUCUUUCAUUUUAGGAACAACAAGAGACAAUUUCGAUGCAAGACUAAGUCUGGUAGAAUAUCUUACAAAUAAUUCGGAAAUAGUGAGGGAAAUUCUUCCAGCUCCCGACAUCAAUACACCAGUGAAUGUUAAAUUUAGAAUCAAAUUACGUCAAAUUGCGACUGUGGUAAGACUCCAUUUAAUGUCUUUAAUUAAUAUAACUGCUGUAAAGAAUGUUACGCAAUAGCAGCUGACUUUCACUGAACGCAAAGUAAUGCAGUCCAAGUUAUCAAGAAUGAGAAAAUAAUCUUAACUCGUUUUCAGAAAAUGUUGCCCUUUUGUAUGUGGAAGUUAAAAAAUGGAAUUGAGAGAUCUAAUUCAAUUUGUUUCCUCUAAGUGUCAAAAUUCCAGAGGUUAACUAUUAGAUGCUGCCCUGCCUGUAUAAAUACAUACUCAACCUACCAAUUCUCUAACUUCCUUCACCACAGGAUGAGAAAAAUCAAGCAAUUCGUCUAACAGUUUGGCUCAGAUUUGAUUGGAAUAAUCCGUUCUUAACGUGGGAUCCUGCGGAGUAUGGAGGGAUUGAAAGUGUUCAUGCUAAUCAUGACCUUUUCUGGGUGCCUGAUGUUGCAUUGUUUAAUGAGUGAGUUCUAUCUCCCUGUUUCUUGCUCUGUCAGCCUAGGAAACAUUUCAGCUGAGUUACUUCAAUUUCCCAGCCUGCCCACACGAAAUAUUACUGCAGUAACAAAAUUUGCUUCCCAGGAAGAAAAAAUGUUUCCUAACAAAUUCGGAUUUAACGUUUCCCAAGUGUGAUUUGUUUAAGGUCCUGUCACACUAUUGCGUAUGAGAGAAACGUACGAGUAGCGUAUACACACCAAACGUCUGCAUACGCACAAAACUUUCUGCCUCGCCGUAUCCAUGCGUAUGUCAUUGUGCUUGAAACGUGUACAACCUAUGCCUAACGUACCCCUAGUGUAUGAUUGAUAUUUUCCAUACGCUGAUAUACGCAAUAGUGUGACAGGGCCAUCACCUUCAGGAAACAUGGCUAGGAAACAAUGUUCCCUGGUUUGUCGACUCUCAGGAAAUAUCGCUGAGACCCUAGCUGGCUUCCGAGGUUGGAAGGAACAAUGGUUCCUAUGUUUAUACAUGCAGGACUUACCAGACUGGUCUAGUGUUCGUGCAAUAUAACAUUGCUUUACAUAUAAUAGUUUUAAUUCACUAUUUCAGAGCAAGUCUUGAGGAGGAGAUACAAAUUCUCUACAAACGUUUAGCGACAAAACUAGUCAUCCAAAAAGAUGGUAAUUGCACGUGGAAUGCUCCAGCUACAUUGUUAAGUCAGUGCAAGAUCAAUGUAUCCCGGUUUCCGUUCGACGAACAAGAAUGCCAUGUUUCUAUUGGCUCUUGGACGUAUACGGGGUAUAAAAUUAACAUGACCUACUUCGAACAGAAUGCCGACUUAAGUAAUUUUAUUGAAAAUGGAGAAUGGGAGGUCAAAAGCGCGCUUUUGCACAACAGAAUGAAGCACUACGGUUCAGAGAAGAUUCCCUACCCAGAUGUUACCUUAACGUUGAAAGUACAACGACGUUCAUUAUAUUAUGGGCUGAAUAUAGUCAUCCCUUGUGCAUUAAUCGCGGUUUUAGCUUUAUUUAGUUUUGUGUUGCCUUCUGAUCACGGUGAACGAAUGUCGUUGGUCAUCACCGUUCUCCUCGCACUCUCGGUCUACAUGUUAAUCGUGUCAUCUUCGUUACCGGAAACCUCCGAUGCUGUACCGACUCUUGGGAUCUACUGCCUUGGCAUUAUCAUAACAAUCGCGCUGUGUUUGUGUGCAACAUGUAUAACUUUAAAAUGCCGGGACAUGAAGUCUCCCAUGCCGCAUUGGCUGGAGGUAGUGGUUAUUCAAUAUAUGGCGAGAUUUGUCUUGGUGAAAAUUGAAGAAGAAAAUAUGCGUCCUUCGUUGAGUACUGACAGAAUUUCAGUCUCCCUGAAUAACGAGAAGUUCACAAAGAUACCAGAAGCAAACGCCGAAAGCGGGCAAGAACCAAACACCGAAGAUAUGUCGCUACUGGUUAUGAAUGAAAAACAAUCAAAAUGUUUUGAAGAUGCUUUGCUCGAAGAAGUACGAUUGCUCACGGAGGAGUUACGCUCGAAGCAGGAGGAAGAAGCCUUUGCAAAAAAAUGGAAAAAAGCAGCGAAAGUUCUUGACAGAUUUUUCCUGUUGAGCUUUUUACUAGUCUACGCUUGUUUGAUUGCCUAUCUUCUGUCUUCAAUGUGAGUAUCUGUUGCUGUAUAGAGCAGCAGAUUCUGGUCGACAACAAAAUGCAUAGUACGUCAACUUUGUAACUUCAGUCGUUCGGCCUAUAACGUGAAGCAAAUAGUUUUCAUGCCAUUUUCCCUAGCUAACUCCAGUUGUUUUUUUCUAACGGACCAUAUCGCUAACGAAGUUAUCAGUUCGUAAAACCAUAGUGUUAUUCUUUAAAUCGAAGUCAAAAUACGAAAUUUCGGCACACUCCUUGCCAGUUUCGUGUUAACCGCGCAGAUUGAAACUAUAGAAAGAGACUGGAACUGACGUCCAAUCACUGCGUCCAAUAGAGUUCGGUUAGCACUAGUUUACAUCUGUGAAAUUGACGUGACGUCAUUUUCAGAAGAUGGUAGGGGUGUUAAAUGGCUAUGUAACUAACCCAAACCCUGCCCCUACUCUAACCCCUAACCCUAACCGCAACCCUAACCCUAACCAAAUUAAUGAAAAAAUCCAGAAAGAAACAACUUUAGAAAUUGAUCAAAUUACGUAAUGUCAGUUUGGUAGAUGGAAACUAGUGAAAACCAUAGAGUUCACUGCGUCCAAUAGAUCUUCAAUUUCCGCCAUCUUUGUCUUCCCUUUUUGGACUCGAGAUCUCACUCCAGAUAUAUGUAGAGAGCUCCCAAGAAUUAGCAUUAUUUUCUCACUCGACUAUAGCUACCAAUAGAUAGUUAGGCAUAAAUUAUAUAGUCAUAUCAAAAUAGAGAUUUUAUUAUAAAGGAGAAAUUCCUAAACCCGACUUAUAGUGGAUUUAAUAUAAGUUUUUAGUCGCAUUAAAAUUGGGGAGUUUUAUAUCAGCGUCUUGUAGUUUUAUUAAGUUUUUAAAUCUA